UCUGGGCUACUACGAUGGCGAUGAGUUUCGAGUGGCCGUGGCAGUACCGCUUCCCGCCCUUCUUUACGUUACAGCCGAACGUGGACACUCGGCAGAAGCAGCUGGCCGCCUGGUGCUCUCUGGUUCUGUCCUUCUGCCGCUUGCACAAACAGUCCAGCAUGACGGUGAUGGAAGCCCAGGAGAGCCCGCUUUUCAACAACGUCAAGCUACAGCGAAAACUUCCUAUGGAGUCAAUCCAGAUUGUAUUAGAGGAGCUAGGAAAGAAAGAGAACCUCGAAUGGUUGGAUAAGAAUAAGUCUAGCUUCCUGAUCAUGUGGCGGAGGCCAGAAGAAUGGGGGAAACUCAUUUAUCAAUGGGUUUCCAGGAGCGGCCAGAACAACUCUGUGUUUACCCUGUAUGAACUGACCAGUGGGGAAGACACAGAGGACGAAGAGUUCCAUGGGCUGGAUGAGGCGACCCUACUUCAUGCUCUGCAGGCCCUACAGCAGGAGCACAAGGCUGAGAUAUAA